UCAGAGCGACUAUGGGCUGCCCACCUCUAACUCCGCCCACUGGCAGGUGACUCGCAACACCUCCUCUUGCCUAAGACCGCCUAGUUACGCCAAGUUGACCAAUCCUUACACCGCCCACUCCGUAGGGGUGCGCGUGACGUCACCGCUUGCGAGCAGGAGAGAGAACCUGAUUGCUAGAGAGUCCUCUUGUCUUCCGCCCAACCCGGAAGCAAAGGCUUGGUCCCGUCAGACGCUGAGGGGUGGCGUUCGUCCGUGUGUUUUCCACCUUAUCCUUUUUUCCCUCCUGCUGCCGGGGGGCUUCUGAGGCGGCGCUUUUGCAGAGGUGGCGGAGGCCAUACCACUCGAAAGCCUCUUCAGACAAAAAAAAAAAACAAACCAAGAUACCACUAUUGCCUCAGACGGCAGCCAUGGCAGCGGACAAAGGCGGAGAUCAGGGAACAGAGAAACACGAAGGAGCAAGCACCUCUUCUGCCAUUACUGAUCAAGAAAAAGAGCUGUCAAACAGUGCACUGCAAGCUUUUAUGGCUGGAAACUAUGAUGCUUGUCUACAACACCUUAGCUAUCUGCAAGAAAUAAACAAAGAUGACUAUAAAAUAGUUUUGAAUAUUGCAAUAGCAGAGUUCUGUAAAAGUAAUCAGACAACAACAGAUAACUUGAGACAAACACUUAACCAGCUGAAAAACCAGGUUCAUUCAGCUGUUGAAGAAAUGGAUGGCUUAGAUGACGUUGAAAAUAGCAUGCUUUAUUACAAUCAGGCUGUUAUUUUGUAUCAUUUGCGGCAGUACACAGAAGCAAUAGUAAUUGGAGAGAAGCUUUACCAAUUCAUUGAACCUUUUGAGGAAAAGUUUGCCCAGGCAGUGUGCUUUCUGCUGGUGGACUUAUAUCUUCUGACCUGCCAAGCUGAGAAGGCUUUACAUUUACUUGCUGUAUUGGAAAAAAUGAUUUCACAAGGUGGCAACAACAAAAAUGGAAAGAAUGAGUCAGGUAAUAAUGCCAGUAAGGAUGCUUCUAAUCACAAAGCUGAAAGUGGAACCCUAACAGAAACUGCCAAGUCUAAAAUACAUCAGUAUAAGGUGCGAGCCUAUAUUCAAAAGAAGUCUUUAAAAGCAUGCAAGAGAGAGAUCAAGUCAGUUAUGAAUACAGCUGGAAAUUCCGCACCUUCACUCUUUCUGAAAAGCAACUUUGAGUACUUAAGAGGCAACUAUCGGAAGGCAGUAAAGCUGUUAAACAGUUCAAACAUUGCUGAACAUCCAGGAUUUAUGAAGACAGGUGAAUGCUUACGGUGCAUGUUCUGGAAUAAUCUUGGAUGUAUCCAUUUUGCCAUGGGGAAACACAAUUUAGGAAUUUUCUAUUUUAAAAAGGCCUUGCAGGAAAAUGACAAUGCCUGUGCACAGCUUGGAACAGGUGGCACAGAUCCAGGUAAAAAAUUCUCAGGACGACCAAUGUGCACAUUAUUGACUAAUAAGCGUUAUGAGUUGCUAUAUAACUGUGGCAUUCAGCUUCUGCACAUUGGGAGGCCACUAGCUGCUUUUGAAUGCCUAAUAGAAGCUGUCCAAGUUUAUCACUCGAAUCCUCGCCUCUGGUUGAGAAUAGCCGAGUGCUGUAUUGCUGCUAUUAAAGGGAGUUCAGAACAAGAAACAAAGGGCCUUCCAAGUAAAAAGGGCAUUGUACAGUCCAUUGUUGGCCAAGGCUAUCAUCGUAAAAUAGUAUUGGCAUCACAGUCUGUGCAGAACACUGUAUAUAAUGAUGGUCAGUCUUCAGCUAUUCCGGUAGCUAGUAUGGAAUUUGCAGCAAUUUGUCUAAGAAAUGCCUUGCUGCUGCUUCCUGAAGACCAACAGGAGCCAAAGCAGGAAAAUGGAUCAAAGGCUGGGAACCAGUUGGGAGGGAAUGACAGCAGUGAGAACAGUGAAGCUUGCAGCGGUAAAAGUCUCGAGGGAGAUAAAUUUGUCCCUGCUCCGCCAUCUUCUCCAUUAAGAAAACAGGAAUUAGAAAAUUUAAGGUGCUCCAUUCUUGCUUGCAGUGCUUAUGUGGCUCUGGCACUGGGGGACAAUCUUAUGGCUUUGAAUCAUGCUGAUAAACUUCUUCAGCAGCCCAGACUGUCAGGAUCCCUUAAGUUCCUUGGCCAUUUGUAUGCCGCAGAGGCUCUCAUCUCUCUAGACAGAAUCUCUGAUGCCAUUACUCAUUUGAACCCUGAGAAUGUCACUGAUGUGUCUCUGGGGAUUUCUUCAAACGAGCAGGAUCAAGGUUCUGACAAAGGAGAAAAUGAAGCCAUGGAACCUUCUGGCAAACAAACCCCGCAAUGUUAUCCCAGUUCUGUGACUUCUGCGCGAACAAUGAUGCUGUUCAAUCUUGGAAGUGCCUACUGCUUGAGAAGCGAAUAUGACAAAGCUCGGAAGUGUCUGCACCAGGCUGCUUCACAGAUUCAUCCAAAAGAGAUUCCACCAGAGGCUAUUUUACUGGCCGUAUAUCUUGAACUCCAAAAUGGCAAUACUCAACUGGCCCUGCAGAUAAUCAAAAGAAAUCAACUUGUACCUUCAGUGAAAAUGCUUUCUGAGAUGCGAAAGAAACCUGUAUUCCAAUCUACUCACCUGGUCCAACCUGUUCAAAUGCCAGCAUUCACCACUGUUCAGAGGAAGUGAAAAUCUCCUAUGAAAUUGACUCUCCUAGGAGUCACUUGGAUUUUUUUUGGAUUUUUUUCUAAUUUUAAUAAAACUUUUUGUUAUCUGCAUACAUGAUGCAUUAAAGUGUGUUGCUAUGAAUUUUUCAUUAAAACCAUCAAAACAA